UCGAAGCUCGCCAAAGAUCGUGCUCCUAGAGCUUCAUCCUUUCGCGCCGCCCCAAUGAGUCAUCGUCGCGUCUCCUAUUUCGGUCUCCCCUCCAGCAUCCCCACCCUUUGGCAGUCUGCGUGGGCUCCUACUCUCUCCUACCGUGUUAAGGAGAACAAUGCGCCGCUAUUGAGCGAGGAGAAGUGGGACGCGUGGUGGGAGGACUAUAUUGAGCUCGCUUUCUGUCUAUUGGAGAUAGAGUUCCGUUGGUCAGAAGCGGCCCCGUUCGGAGAAGGACCAGAGCAGCCGGAAGACAGCGUGGAGCUUUUGAUCAUCCAAGCCUGGAGAACGGCGGAGCAGGGCGACCUGCUAGGAAUCGUAUUCGGGAAGGUGGAGGAGGGCAAUCUCACCUUGAUCAAAGACGAGUUGCUGGUAUUUCUGACUCAGUUGGUGGACGAUCUGCCCCUGGACAUCUUGUCACACAGUGACAAGCAGCCUGGCCCCCACGUGCUGUUUCGAACGCUCGAACCGCACCUUGUGUGGUCCACGUGUACGAAGAUUGACGAGGACAACUGUCUCUACCCCUCCCACGUGCUUUACUUAGAGAUCGACGUUACCGAUCUCACAUUUUGGGACCCGAUCGCAAGGAGAAACGCGGCGCAGGACGAGGAGAUAGGGGAAGCAGAGCAAGAGGAGGAAGAAGAGGAGCCAUCAGGCGAAGAACGGGACGAUCCAGACUACGUACCGGAAAGAGAAGCGGGGAUAGCCGACGGAUUGAGCCAGCCGCGGGAAACGAACGAAGAGGAGGAACAGGUAGAACCAGACGACGAAGAAGAAGAAAGCGAGCAAGCGGAGUCGGAGUACGAAGGAUUCGAGGCCAAGGCUCGUCAGGAGCGACUCACCCUCCACGUCUCCGCACUGCGUCGCCUUCUCGCCAUCCUCUCUGACUCUGAUCGCACCCUCCCGAUCAUCCCAGUACGACUCGGGACCUCCACGAGGGUGUACUCAGCGCUGUGGGAUUCCGGUUCUCAGGGCGACUUCAUUCACCCACGCGUGGUGAAGGAAGCCCGCUUACCCACCACAGGGUCUUCGACUCCCAUCUCCGUUACCCUAGGGGAUGACAAGACCCAGCGCUUCUUUGAUCAGACGGUCACCGACCUCCCCUUCUUCCUCACUCUCGAGCCGACUGAUCGUUCCCCGGCGUCUCGUCGCCACCGCUCCUCUGCACAUUUCGAUGUGAUGGAGACGGGGUACGACUUCAUUCUCGGCACUCCGUGGUCUCGUUGGUUCCGCAGCACCGAGGACGAUUGGGCGACCAACACUCUCGUUCUCAAAACGAAACUCUCGAUUCCCGAGGCCACCGAACUCAAGCGUCAGCUUGAGGAGCUCCUGAGACUGGGUUUCAUUAAGCCCAGCAACUCCCCGUGGGGUGCACCCUUCCUCUUUGCUCGCAAAGCGGAUGGAACUCUCCGUCUCUGCAUCGACUAUCGCGGUCUCAACCUCUACACGGUUAAGAACAGCUAUCCCAUGCCUCGUUCCGAUGAGCUGUUCGACCGCCUAGCAGGCAACCGCUUCUUUACGAAGAUUGAUCUUCAUAGCGGUUACCAUCAGAUCCGCGUCGCUGCAACCGACCAACCGAAGACAGCGUUCCGAUCGCGCUUCGGCCACUACGAGUUUACUGUGAUGCCAUUCGGCCUCAUCAAUGCACCUGCCACCUUCCAGAGGGCGAUGAACGACAUCUUCAGGGACAUCCAGGAGCAGUACGUCUACCUCGACGAUAUCCUGGUCUACAAUCGUACCCUUGAGGAGCACCUCAGACACCUCAGCGACGUCCUUGAUCGCUUGCGCAGACAUGGCUUCUACGCCAAGCUGAGCAAGUGCCGCUUUGCCCAGCACAAAGUGGAUUUCUUAGGACACUACGUGUAUGACUAGGGUCUCCACAUGGACGACGUGAAGAUCACUGCUAUUGCGGAGUGGUCCGCCCCCACAUCCGCCAAGCAGCUUCAC